AGCAGAAGAUAGCACAGCAGUGCAACGGGUAGAGAAGACUCACUGGGGGGGUUAGAGGUAUGACUACAAGAGAAACGGAAGGGUCUAGCUCACAUACAUUCUAUGGGGACAGUGACGCGGAUUCAGGUACAGGUUUGGAAGAAGAAGAGGAAAACCCUUUCCUUGUCGUCGACGACGGCGACGUCGGGCCAGAAUGUUCCACAACAAUCACGACUUCCCAGGAUAAUGCUGCUCCGCUUUGGCAACAACCCCUGCUCCCGCAACCUCCCAGCUCCUUCCCGGUCAUCACCCCAAGCUUUUCGGGGGUGGAGACAGAGGUGGAGACCGAAAACGAGGAUUCCGGCAAUGAGUACGACGACGGACAAGGGCGAGUGGCACCAGCAGCGGCAGCAGCAGCAACAUCAACAGCAGCGGGAGCAGAGGAGGGUCAGCAGCGGUGGUGGGUCGACCUGAUAGUGCAACAGCUGCAUCGAUCCGACCCGCACGCCAUGAGGCAGCUGCUCCGUAAGGCCGCCUUCAUCCCUGCGUUUCUGCGCAAGGACGUCUGGAGGUUGCUCAUCCUCGGUCGAGUCGAAGCAGGAGGAGGCAAAGACGAGGAGGGCGAUGUUACUGCGCUCGACGCCGCGAUUUUGUCGACAGAUCUCGACCUGGAGAAUCAACGGGUAGUGCGGGUUGACGUCGAGAGAACGAGGCCUGCACUGGACCAGUUCAAGAGACCGAGGGUGAAGAACCUGCUGGCAAGGAUCCUCACGUACCACUGCAAGACGCACGGCUUGGGGUAUAAGCAGGGCAUGCACGAGGUUCUGGCGCCGUUCGUCGCCCUCUCUGAUCCCGAGCUGCCGACUUCGGACAUCUCGUUGUGCUACAGCGCCUUCCUCAGGCGCUUCCUCCCCUACGCCUUCAACCAAGACGAGGAGUUCCUCUCGUUGCAGAAACUGUGGAAGGGAGCCAAGUUGGAGCUGCUGCUGUUUGGGAUUCCAAGGGACAUGACGAGGAUAGAGUUCAAGAACUGUUGUGACAGGGAGGGACUGCACUGCCUAGCAAGGGGACAAGUAGGCAGAGAACAUGAACACUUCCGGGUGAAAUUGACCAAGGGAGACAGCCAAGAGUGCUUGGGGGUUGAUAUCGAGAAGCUGUCGAACUACGUAAGGAAGUUUGGAUGGAGGGUUUGCAUCGCGAACAUGAUAGAAACAGAGAAGAUCUGCUUCAGGCUUUUCCGCCUGCUGCUCCUGUAUCACCACCCCCGACUGUGCCGGUUCCUGGACCAGUACCAGCUGCAGCCGGAGCUUUACGCAACCCCUUGGUUCAUGACCCUGUUUUCGAAUAGCCUGGACCUCCCGAGGCUCUACGAGGUUUGGGAUUUCUACCUGUACUGGGGAGACCCGGCGUUGCAUCACUUUGUCGUGCUGGCCUUCGUAAUCGGAAACGCCGAGGCUAUCUUGAAGGCGGAAGAGGCCAACCUCCCGGAGACAAUGUGCAGGCUGACAGAUGGUAUGCGGUCCGUCGAGGAGGUGCGGGUGCUCAUGCGCACGGCGAAGGACCUGAUGCUCAACACGCCCAAGUCGUUCAGGAAGAUCCUACGGUCUGCGCUCUACGCAAACCUCAGUCAGAGCCAGAUGAACCUGGUCCUCAACACCCUCCAGGUGUCCUCCUGCAUCCCGGUGUCGGCGGAGGAGAUCACGAGCUACAUUCUCCACAAGAACCCGCACCGGCAGCUCGACCAAGAGUCAGACGGUGACGAGGAGUCCGUUCUCGACGAUGCCAUCGCCAGCUCCAGCAGGGCCCCUAGCGACACCGCCACGGGCCGUAGAGACUGCAACGGCGGCGGCGGUGGCGGCGGCAACGACGGUAGCCACUCCCUCAAGUCUCCGACAAACGGCGGGGGGGGCACGGGCGGUGGCGGUCCUGGCAGAGCAUCGCCGAGCCCGCAGAGGCGAGCGGAACGGGCGGCAAUGCGGUCGCUCCGAGUGCAUCGGCAGUACAUCAUCCUGGACUGCCGGCCGCGGGGGGAGUUCGAGUCGUGUCGCCUCGCGCCAGCGCUACACCUCGACCCGGACCUGCUCACAUCGCCCGAGAAGCUGGACGCUAAGCUCAAGGAGUUCAUGCCCCUUCAGGGCGUGGCGCACUUCUGCCUGGUUGGGGCCGGGGAUGACGACAUGGGGGCCGUCGGGCAGAGGAAGAACACCUCGUCGGAUCUUAGCGGGGAGGCCAUGGGCCUGAGGACGGUGUCGAACAGCAAGUCGGACUCUCCCGGCCGAGCCGGCCUGGUGGGCGAGGCCGGCUUCCUCGCCGAUCGCGGGGGGAGCGGGGACAUGUUUUCGAAGCCGGAGGGUGGGUUCGGUCGAGAUAGCAACAGCAGGGAGGGUGGGUUCUUGGGAGGGUUUUCGAGGGCGUUGUCGCGUGGGUACGGGCACGCGGCGGCGGCGGGUAAGGACGGGGAGGAGGAGAUAGGGAGGGAGGAGGACGUGCAGGUCACGCGGCUGGUGCUCAUGCUGCUGCAGUACAACUUCCCCUUCAUCAGCCACGUGCGGGGCGACAUGGCGGCCAUCUUGGAGGAGCUGAGUGCCCAGGCCCUCGCCGAGAAGGAGGGCCAGCACGCCGAUAACGGUGACUUCCACGAGACGCUGCACGGGGCACUCAUCGGCGCGGAUUCAGACAGGGUGCGCGAACAGCUGAUGCACAUCAGCCCGGAGAAGACGAGCAAAGGCCUGUUCGCGGGCUUGUCGAAGUGGUCCAAGAAGGAUGACAAGGGGGCCUCCGCUCUCUACGCCUCCAAGGGGGGAGGGCUAGGCAGCGCGACCGCGGGGAGCAAGAGUGGCAAGGCAGCUGACGAUGAUCCGGCAUCGCUGGCUAAGAAAAACGCGGAUGCUACAGCAGUAUCAUCGCGGGGGAGAGGAGGCUUGGGUCGGAGGGACACGGAAGACUUCUACAUGGUUACGAAGCCGCAAGACCAUUCUCCCACCGCAGAGAGGAAGUCUUCGAAGCGCCGCCUGUUCGGGGGCGUGAUGGACCGGUUCGACAACACCACCACCAACAACAACAACGCUCGCGCGGAUGGCGAUGCCGCGUCGUCGUUGUCGCUCGCUGGCGCAGCGCGAAAGCAGUCGUGGCUCCUCUCCCCCGGCCGCUCCUCCCGAGAGGCGAGACAGGAGGCUCCCGGCCGCGAGCCGCCGUCGGCGGCGGCUGCGCCUUCCUCUGUUCUCGAGGCAUCGGCGGCGGCAGAAGGGAAGCAGAAGACGGCGACGGCGACGUGGACGAAGCCGGCGGCCAGGAAGAGGGACGCGCCGGACCGGCUGGCCAACUUCUUCGGCAAGAUUCUCGGGGUGAAGGACGACGCCCUGCCGGACAGGCCGAUCGACUUGCCGCCUGGCGGCGGAGCUGCGGACCAAGCGACGAGGACGCGGAGCCCUACCACCCUCGGCGUUGCUGCUGCGGGAGCAACCGGGGCGCCAACGAGUGCCGCGGGAGGGGGAGCAACCGGGGCAUUGUCGAGUGGGGAACCAUGGGCAAGCGAGAGUUUGGUCUCUUCUUCUGAUGCUGCUGCUGAGAGCGGCGCAGCGGCGGCGGCGGCGACUGCAAGCGUUGCCGAGACCCCGCUCGCCACGGCUGUAUACUCGGCCACGACCGUCUCCGCGGCUACCGCGGACGCCAUGCCCGUCGCCGUCGCCGUUGCUGUCCCUCUGUCGGACCCCUCGGCGCCGGCUCGCCGACCGUCCCGCAGCAGCAGAACGCACAGGACGAGGGCGGCGGCGGCGGGGGGCAGCAGAUCUGAGGGCGAGGUGGUUCUCGUAGCGGGGACCGGGAGAGCGGUCUCGAUCCGGGACUGGAUAGCCACGGAGGAGAGGGAGAACGGGGGCGCCGUGAGGGUGUUCUCGGCGCAGCGCGUGCUCGACGGCAAAGUGCAGAACAAGUGCCGGUUGGCCGUCUCCCGGAAGAGCUUGACCCAGUUUGACGAUGUCCAGGACGGCGCGACCGCCGCUGGUGGUGGCCCGCGAGGGGUAGUCACGGAGCACCGCAGCCUCCGACACCUCGCUCGCAUCACCUCCCGCAAGAAGCACGCCGAUCUCAUCGUGUUCCACUUCAAGUCUCGGUCGGGGAGUGGGGCCUCGGCGACAGGGACGGCGGUGGCGGCGGCGGCGACAGCGUCAGCAGCGGCGAGCUCUAGCUCGAGGCGAUCGCGGUCGUUGUCGGACAGCAAGGCUCACCCCGACAUCCUCUUCUAUUUCAUGAAGGACCACGCGGACUGCCUCCGGAUGGUCAAGGAGAACUACCGCAAGGUCACCCAGGGCGACGCCUCCUCCUCCUCCUCCUCCAGGCCUUCGUCGACGGCAACGGCGGCAUCUCGGACAAGUCCGGGGGCCGAGCCUUCCGACGACCCCAACCGGCGGCACGGCCGCCAGACGGCGAAAGCGGUGGCGGGGGCCGCCGCCGGAGCGGGGAUGCUUGUGGUCGGCGCCGCCGGGGCGGGGAUGGCGGUGGCCGGCGCCGCGGGGGUCGCCGUUGGAGCGGCGUUUGCAGCCGGAGUGGCGGCGGGGGCCAGCCGAAAGGACGGCGGCCACGAGGAGAGGGAGCCGAGGUCUACCUCCCCGUCCCGGACAAGGCGAAGGGGGGGGAGCGAGGGCGCCGCGUCCGCGGGGCUGAGCGGCGAGAAACCGGAGCGGCGACGUUCCGGGGGAUGGAUACCUAUUGACGCGCCGGGGGAAGAGCGGCGAGGGAGUGACCAUGGCGGCGGCGGACAGCGCCCGUCAUCAUCCGUGUCCCGGUGCGCUAGCUUUAGCAGAACCACUGGUGGUAUCGGGAGGGGCCACGGUGGCAGUAGUAGUCGGAGCACGCGGGGCGCGUCGAGCAAGAAUCGAAGCGGGAAGGACACGGAUGCUCCAUCAUGGCUUGGUCGAAAAUAACGAGUUGUUUCGUCGCCGCCGCCGCCGGUGGAGGGGGGGCCGACAAAUUACAAUUUUUAAGUCUACGUCAUGUGUGUAAAGACGCCGGGGUGUGCUGAUGUAAAUUUUUGGAGGUGGCGCCCACCUUUUUUGUUCGUGGAGUGUGGCGUGGAAAUGCUGGUUGGUCUCUUGGUUUGUGGCGUUGUUGUAAAUUUUAAAAUGUUUGUUCGUUUGUACGGCACGGUGCCUCACAUUUCGUGUCACCGCCGUGCGUUCUUGUGGCGGAGCGGCAGCAGCAGCAGCAGUACCAGCAGCGGGCUGCUGCGCUUGCAGGCCUGUCGUUUAUUUUUUUCCGUGCUUGGGGUGUUUGUGUGUUUUCGCUUUUUCCCAGACGAACAGGAGACGCGUCAUCCCUUUACGAUCGCAUGGCUCCCCACGCCGAAACAAGGCAGACAUCAAGUUGUCGUUGACGCGUACCGUGGGAAGGUUUCGAAGAAUAACCGACACAAACCUACUUGAUGGUUGGUAAAAUCUCGAUGACGGACCGUGAUUGCACCGAGCGCGCUGCAGGUGCCCAGGAGGCGUUGUUACUCGCCUUCCUGCGCCUGAAAAGGGUUGCCUGUAGUGCGAUGUACUUGGGUGCGGCGACCUUUUGUUUUAUUGGUUCAGUCCCUUCUUGUGUACGCUCACGUGUUGUCGAAGAUUAAGAAAAAUCUCACCUGCAACGCCACGCGUGUGGCUGUCAGGCCGUGUGACUCCCGCUCUCAUGGUGCGUCCGAAGCGCAUCCAAAGGUGUGAGC